AGUCUUGAAGAGUGCAAAUGUUAACAUGUAAAACUCUUUCAACAGAUGUGAAGCUGGUCGAUGGUUCCAGUGAGUGUGAUGGCAGAGUUCAGAUUAUGUAUAAUGAGCAGUGGGGUGCAGUGUGUCACUCGGACUGGGAUCUAGCAGAUGCUACAGUGUUGUGUCAAGAGCUUUACUGUGGAGACAUUGCAGAGCCGAAAGCGUAUAUGCAACCUUCAGGGCAAAUAUGGAUGGAUCAAGUGGCCUGUACAGGAAAUGAGUUGACAGUGCGGAACUGUCCUUUUAAUGAAUGGGGUGUGAGCAGUUGUUUGGAUGGGCUUCAUGCAGGAGUUUCAUGCCAAAAAACUGUGAGAAAAGUUUUGGUGAGGAUUGUGGUGAAGGCCAAGAGUGGAGUCGAUGUCAAUGAUCCAGCUAUCAAGAAUCAGCUUCUGGAUAUGAUUAGCAAGGUGGUUGGAAGUAAAGGAACGUAUAAAGAAUAUUGGAGAAUACAGCCUGAUGAGCAAGUAUUUCACAAACAGAGAACAACUACAGGUCUUUUUUGA